AUGUGUUCUAGAGGUUGGCGAGAACUUUCAAUGAGCAAACGGUGCGUGGAAGUCCAAGUGCAAUUGCGGUAUUCUCGAUUGCUACGAAAAGAAGUGGAAGAUGUAUCAAAACGUGACUACGUGUACUAUUUAGCGAUAGCUCAUACUCGUCUUAAGGAGUACGAUCGUGCGCUUGCAUAUGUCGAUAUUUUGUUAGGCGCUGAAUCAAAUAAUCGCCAGGCUUUGGAUCUGAAGGAAGUGAUCAAACAGAGAAUGAGAAGUGAAAGCAAAAUUCACGUGUUAUUUGGUGACGCUUAA